UUUCAAUCCAAAUUCACGCCAAUUUUUUUUCCGUGGACCAAAAACAGCCUUGGAGAAAGAUCGGCGUUGUGCUGUUGCUGUUGCUGUUUUGCUACAUUGUGAAUGGAGCUUUCUGCACCUUCUUCACCCUCUCUUCUAAGAUGUCCUUCAUCCCUGCUUCUGAAUUCUAGGGUUAGGGUUUUCCAUACAAUACCCAGCCCCACACGCCCACCUUUCCAAGCUUCAAUCUUUUCACUCAACCAACGCAAUCUCACUCCAAUGGAUCUUCCCAGAAACGUCUCCUCCGCUGCCUUGGUGGGAGACAACGCUUCGGCCACGACCACUUUGCCAAUUGACUCAGAUGCUAGAAUCGGAGAGGUUAAAAGGGUCACCAAGGAGACCAAUGUAUCAGUCAAAAUAAACUUGGAUGGUUCUGGGGUGGCUGAUAGUAGUACUGGAAUUCCCUUCCUCGAUCAUAUGCUUGAUCAACUUGCUUCACAUGGGCUGUUAGAUGUACAUGUAAAGGCUACAGGUGACAUACAUAUUGAUGAUCAUCACACAAAUGAAGACGUUGCCCUUGCUAUUGGAACAGCUUUGCUGCAUGCCCUUGGCGAUAGGAAGGGUAUUAACCGGUUUGGUAACUUCUCUGCUCCUCUUGAUGAAGCAUUGAUACAUGUUUCACUGGAUUUGUCUGGCCGACCACAUCUAAGUUAUAAUUUGGACAUACCCACUCAGAGGGUUGGGACAUAUGAUACUCAGUUGGUGGAGCAUUUCUUCCAAUCCCUGGUGAACACGUCUGGUAUGACACUUCACAUUCAGCAGCUUGCUGGGAAAAAUUCUCAUCAUAUUAUUGAGGCAACCUUCAAAGCUUUUGCUCGGGCUCUUCGACAAGCAACAGAGUAUGAUCCACGUCGCCGUGGAACUAUACCAAGUUCGAAAGGGGUUCUGUCCCGUAGCUAAUAUUUUUCUGGCGGUGGACCUUCAUGGCUCCACAAUCACAGUCCUUAGAUGCUGUGUGAUGGAUAAAUGCUUGUGCGGGGGCAGUAUUUGUGAUAGAACACUGACCUCUGUAAACAAUAUUGUUGUACGUAUACUUAUUUCUAGAAAUAAAAAUAGUUUUUCUAGUGUUUUUUGGUGUACAUUUUUUAAAUAUAAUAAGUGGAAUUACAUUUUUGGUUUUUUUGUCGA